AUGAAGGGGCUGAGGCAACAGACAGUGCUGGCCAUUGGUCAGGAGCUGAACUGGAGGGCACUGGGGGGCCCCACCUCCAACACAUGGAUCAGCCAGGUGCGGCGACGGAGCUCUCUGCUUGGUUCUCGGCUGGAAGAGACUCUCUACAGUGACCAGGAGCUGGCCUACAUCCAGCAGGGAGAGGAGGCCCUGCAGAAGGCCCUGGGCAUCCUCGGCAACCAGGAGGGCUGGAAGGAGGAGAACCGGCAGGCGAACGGGGACAAGGUGCUGAGCAAAGUGGUGCCGCAGGUGGGCAAGGUGUUCCGACUGGAGGUGGUGCUGGACCAGCCCAUGGAGAGGCUCUAUGAGGAGCUUGUGGAGCGCGUGGAGGCCGUGGGGGAGUGGAACCCCAAUGUUAAAGAGAUCAAGGUCCUGCAGAAGAUUGGGAAGGACACGGUCAUCACACACGAGCUGGCCGCAGAGGCAGCGGGGAACCUCGUGGGGCCCCGCGACUUCGUGAGCGUGCGCUGUGCCAGGCGCCGAGGCUCCACCUGCGUGGUGGCUGGCACGGCCACACACUUCGGGGAGAUGCCUGAGCAGAAAGGCGUCAUCAGAGCCGAGCAGGGUCCCACUUGCAUGGUGUUUCAUCCCCUGGCCGGAAGUCCCUCCAAGACCAAACUCACUUGGCUGCUCAGUAUCGACCUCAAGGGGUGGCUGCCAAAGACCAUCAUCAACCAGGUCCUAUCUCAGACCCAGGUGGACUUUGCCAACCACCUGCGCAAGCACCUGGAGUCCAGCUCGGCCUCUAAAGCCAGGUGUUGAAGACCAGCUCGCUGCUCCCAGCUGUGCCACACCUCAUGGCCUGCGCGUGCACCGGAGACCCCUGCUGCCAGCCAGCAGGCCUGUCCAGGAUCUCAGCUGACGGCAGUGGGACGAUAGUGUGUAGAGAGCACACAGGGAUUCAGACUGGUCCAAGUUUAGUAGCAAGAAAAAUCAGGGAUGGGCCUCUAAGGUGGAGAAAGCCUUAUGAUUGCAUUCAACCACAAGCUGUGAAUGAGGGCCAAGAUUCCUAAAAUAUUUGUAAAACUUUUUUCCCCUUACUUACCUGAUAGUAUCUUAAAAAUGCUAGUGGCUGAUAUGGGUGUGGUGAUGCUAGGGACAGGGACUGAGCACGCCUGCUUUAUGGGCUCAUGAGUUACCGUCCCCUGGCAGAGAGCAGCGACCCUCUGCUCUCCCACCACACGCAUAUAGCCAACCCCCAAGAACGAGCAAUUACCCAGUUCUGUGUAUUUCAGGUGUUUCCCGUAGAAAAACACAAAACUAUUUACCAAGCUGGUUUCUCCUUCUCCACAAGCACUUAGUCAGAAUAAACAAUCAACCAACUAACACAAAACUUCAGUCUGCACCUGUUCUAAAACUUUUUGUAAGAGAAAACUCCGAGAUUUCAACUUCAUGUGAGAGAAGUCCUGGGCAGAUUUCUAAAUAGUUAAACUAAAUCCCUCCCCCAGUUCAUUAAAAGAGAAACUACUGAGGAUUUAUAUCAUUCAAUAAUAUAGAAACUGUUAGAAUCUUUCAUAAGUUUAAUUUCCAUUAAAAACAGCUUGUUACAGAGUUCUGUAAGAACUUAAAUAAUUGGCUUUGAAAGAGGCAGAUUAUCACUGAGGAUUUUUAUGUACCUAAUUAAAAAGUAUAGGGGGUGCGUAGCACAGUGGUCACACUGCCCCUCAGAAGCCCACAUCCGUACUGGCUGGGACUCGAGUCCUGGCUACCGGCUUCCUAAUGUGCACCCUAGGAGACAGCAGCCGAUGGCUCCAGUACUUGGGUCCCUGCCACUCAUGUGGGAGAUCUGGAGUUUCUGGCUCCGGGCUUAGUCUGGCCUAGCCAUGGCUAUUGUGGGCAUUUGGGGACUGAACAAACAGAUGGAAGAUCUGUCUGCCUUUCAAAUGAAAAUACAGAAACCUUUAUUUUUUAAAAAAGCUAGUACCACAUAUGGGAGUAGAAUUUCAUAGCUGCCAACUUGGCUUAGGACUUCUUUGCUUGCAAAGGCUCAGAUAUUUCUAUUUUGAGAGGAAGUGGCUGGUUGGAGGGGCAACAGGGAAACAGCAAACUCCCCGGUCCAGGACUCUGAGACAUCAUGCUUAAAGUAGGUAGACUGGAAUGGGAUUACUUGGUUGAAACACAUAAGCAGGAUGGGAAUCACUGGUACCACCUACAGCAUUUCCAGCUUUGUUUUAUCAGCAGUGGCUUCUGU